UAUGAUUAACAUGCAAUCCAAAAUUGAAUACAUUCUCGUUUUUCUUCACAAAAUGUGCACAAUUCCAACUGUUGUACGUGUAGAUUAAUAAAAAUUUCAUAUUUUUUUGAGGGGGUCAUUAUUUGUAUUCUGUAUUAUCGACGCGAACGUGAGCGCCAUCUGCGUCCAUCGACAAAAAUAAAAAAGAACAGCAUCUUGCCUGAUACUGGAAUAACAAGGUCAACAACACAUGAAUGGCAAAUGGAAAGAAAUUGGUGAAAUAGUUUCGUUUUGAAGUUAUAGUGAUGUGAAUAGUUCGUAAAUAUGUACUCCCUAUCGGAUUUUAUCGAGGUGUAAUCAAUUAUUUAAAAUGUUUUUACCAACAUAAUUAACAUCUGCCUCUCAGUGGAUGCUGAAAGUGAUUAUACUCUAAUCAUGUCUGAGUUGGACUUGAUAACUUCAGAAAAUAGUGCCACUUCUAACGAGGGUAGUUCAAUGUAUCCUCAAGAUGAUUCCACAAGGUCUCAAGACUCGAUGGAUGUCAAUGGCGAAGUGAAAUUGAAUUGUGACUAUCUACCUAAUAAUAAUAUGUGUGACGAUGUUGUUUCAUCGGUAUGUGCAUCUAGUGAAAUGUGCGGUGGUGGAAGUUUGCUACAAAAUGAAUUGUCUCCAUCAUCUAGUGCGGCUAACAUGGAUUCAAGCUUGGAAUCAGCACAGGAUUCCCAGGAUUCACAAGAUGAUGGAAAGUCACCAGCCACUAACAUUUCUGAUACAAAAACAGCAGACUCUUUAGAAUCCGAACAAUCUGUCUCUGACACUGAGGUUCGAAGUUCCUUGAGGUUAAGGAACACAGCUGUAAAAGAUUACACUAAUGGAGCAAUGGACGAUUUGGAUGACGAUAUUCCAGAAAAGACAAACCACAAAGUGUCGAAAAGCAAGAAGAAGAAUUCUUCCCCUGGAAGAGGUAGACCAAGAAAGGCUCUUGUCCCAAUGUACCAUAGUCAAAUAAGUGGGGAUAAAAACACUAUCAAGAUUAGAAUUAAGAAGAGCAGCAUCACCGAACAGGAGCAGAUGACACCCAGUAAGAAGAAAAGUGGUAGAAGAAGAAGGCACAAGGUUAAAUCAGAUACUGAUGCCAGCGACUAUGAAUGUACCAAAAAGAGAUAUAGAUCAUCCGCUAAUAAUGAUGAUUUUGUUUCGAGCAGCCAAAGUGAUGAAAUUGAGGAUAGUGGCUGGGGUAGUAAAAUACCGGAAUCUGUCCUCUUCAGGAUAUUUCAAUAUUGCUCCAGUCAAGAUGGGGCUCUUCCAAUCUUGAUCAGGAUAAGUCGUGUGUGUAAGCUUUGGAAGAAGAUUGCAAUGGAUUCAAAGCUUUGGGUCAAAGUGGAUUUGAACUGUGUCAAAGAAAAGGCGAGGACGGAGCUUAGGUUACAUUGGCUGAUCGAAAGUAGGCUCACUUAUUGUCAAGAUUUAAUUCUGGGGGAAUGGAAAAUACGGAAUAUUCAGUCCGCCUUGGAGGCCUUAUGCGAGGGUUGCCUGGACCUUAGAGGAUUGAACAUAAGUGGAUGGCAGGGACUCAGUGCUGAAAACCUAAAGUACAUAACUACCGAAUGUAAAAAGUUGGAGAGGCUGGAUCUUUCCUGCAUAAAUUCGACAUCUGCCUUGAAUGCUCAGUUGUUUGUUUCACUGGGACAAGCUAUGAACAACCGACUAACACAUUUAGUCUUGGCCCAUAACAAAAUGGCGAGUUUCACCCAAAUUGUGGCAUCCAUUGCGACUCACUGUUCCAACCUUCGACUUUUGGAUAUAUCCAACAUCAAAACUUACGCUCACAAUACAGCUCUCUUGCACAUUGAAAAGUUGCAAAUCGGUUGCCCUAAACUGAGGAUAUUGAGAAUAACCAACAGUCAAAUCUGGUUAGCCGCUGCUUCUAUCACUGAUCAGGUUCAGUCUCCGGGCUUCCCAGACCUGGAGGAACUCUCAUUGGCGGGCGUUGAGGACGACAAGACUACCACUUCAAGGUCAGCCGACGACGACGCCAUCAAUCGGAUCCUAAAAUGUAGUACGAAACUGCGCUUGCUCGAUAUUAGAGGAUGCACCAGACUAACCGACUCCGGACUUGUCAGAAUACCAGCAUGGGACUUGGAACAUCUAUUCUUGAGCGGUUGCCAGAUUACAAGGUCACAAAAUUCGGGCUUGGAACUCAUUGUGCAGAAGUGGGCCCAUAGCCUGUUGGAGGUGGAUCUAGCCUGGUCGACUGCAACGGAAUCUCUAGAUGCAGCUGUGAAAGCCUUGGCUGAAGAAGGUUCCAAAUCGAAAUUGAGUGUGCUGAAUCUGUGCGGGUCUUCUGUGAGCUUAGAACCGGUCAAGGCCGUCCUCGCCAGCUGUUCCAACCUUCACUCGAUAAACCUCCAAUCGUGCCGCGCACUGCCGAGGGGUAUAAAGCGGUUGUACACGGGCAGCGCUGUUGAGGAACUCAAGCAGGCGUUACAAGACAAGCCAAAGACUGAGGACGGUGAGGGAUACGACGAGGAGAAAUCGCCGACGUAUAAACCAUCAUCCACGCCUCCAGAUUGAAUUUCGAAACGAUGAAAGAUGAUUUGAGGAUCAAAAGAAGGAAUGUUUAUUAUGGGUCGGUGUGAAGUGUGGUCUUUUGGAAGUGAUUUCUGUGAAGGUAUUCGUAUGUAAAAGUUUUUAUUUCAGUGAUACCUCUACGGAAACCAACAGUUAUAGCGUGUAGUCCGAAGAAUUGGAAGUUUUCUCAAGAAAAAUGAUUCGUUCGAAAGUCAAUAUCGUUUUUCGGCAAAUAGGCGGUGUUAGCUGGGUUAGCUGUCAAACACUUGUCAGUAAUUCCCUCAUAACCUCAUUGUUGCGUCAAUUAUGAUCGAAAUGGACUGAUUGAAAGCCUUGUAAAUUAAAUAUUCGAGAAAAAGACGGUUUUAGGUACUUCUGCGGAGGAAAGACAUCUUUGAAUAUUCUCGUUAAGAUAUACUGUUCAAUUUCCUUGACAAAUUCCAAUUCUUCAGAAUAUUGGCUGUGAAAACUUGUAGCGACCCAUAAAUAUAAUAUUAAGAGAUUUAUACUGCAUGAUUCAAACUCAGUUGAACUAGAUACGGUAUCGAAAAAAUUUCAAGAUACCAAGAGCCUUUUGUUAAUAGCAACAUAAUUAUUUAGAGGUAUGGUAAUUCUUUGAUUUGCUGCAUGAAGGAAUUGAUCAUACUAAAGCGAUUGUGAAUUUUAUGAAUUGAUUUAUUUUAUUGAAUUUUCGAAUCUUCUUUUUUUAAUUUAUUUGAUUCUUCUUUAAUUUUUAGUGAAAAAUUGAUCAAUUUGAUCUUGAAACAUGCAAAAUAUUGUACAGUACCUGUCUUAGCGAAAGAAAUAUUUAACAAACACCAAUUAUAAAGAAAUUUUAUUAAAAGCUAAUUGUUUUAAGGAAAUUUGUAUAUAUUAGCGGAGGGAUAGUGGCACUUCUGGGUCAUUUCUGAGUUUCAUUGUCUUUAAUUUAUUUUAAGUGCUCAUUUUUAGAUCAGUGUCAGCAACAGAAGAUUAACGUAUUGGUAGAAAAAAUGAACACACAGAUUUUGAUCGAAUUUUCCCAGUUUACUGAUAUUUAGUUUAUUAUGCAUACCAGAAAUGUAAUAAUUGGAUAUUAUUCCAGUUUUGUCUCUGUUGCUGAUAAUGGAAAUGUUUUUAUGCUUAUUUUUCAUUCUUAUAUUAUUUUAUGUUACUUUUCUCUUUGACGAUGUUUUUAUUCUUGAGUGAAAUAAGUAGGUUACUAAGGAAUACUUCAGGAUAGUUUGACAGCUUAAUUGUAUAAAGAAAGAGAACAGUGUGCUUAAAAACCAACUAUUCCCCAUUUUCUGUUGAACAGUGUAUUUACUCCUUUACGCGCAUCUUGGAAACUGGCGGCAACUUCAGAUCGUUAUUUAUUUUUAUAAUUUGAACGAGGAAUAAUUAGAAUGAUCAGCCUGUGUAAAUGUGUAGAUCUUAUUGUGUUGUGUUUAUUACUUCGUCUCAUUAUUAUCAAUGUUUUCUAACAUACUGUUUUUUCUUUUAUUGCAAUUUGCACUCGAUAUCAUCUGUACUAAUGUAUAAUAUUUAUAAAUAUAUCAAUAGGUUCCA